ACAGAUAUUCGAACUCACACGGUGCUUCUUCGCAGUGACGGUCUCGCUGUGGCUUGUGGAAGGAAUGACUUUGGUCAGUGCGACAUUCCACCUUUGGAUGAAGGAGCGUCAUAUACACAGUGCUUCUCAGAAGUGAUGGUCAUGUUGUGGCUUGUGGCGACCAAAGGGACGGAGAGUGCAACAUUCCAUCUUUGGAGGAAGGAACCUGGUACACCCAGGUUUCAGCAGGGGCGUUUCGUACAGUGCUUCUCCGAAGUGAUGGCUGCGCUGUUACUCGAGGCACCUUUUCACAUUUUAGGAGCAAGUAUUCCACCAGAAGGAAUAUCAUGCACCCAAGUUUCUGUCGGGGUAGAACACACAGUGCUUCUCCAAAGUGAUGGGCGUACUGUAACCAGUGGGAUGAACCUACACGGACAAUGCAACAUUCCAAUUUUGGAUGAAGGACUUUCCUACACAGAGGUUUCUGCAUGUUUCUGCAGGGGGUAGUCAUACAGUGCUUCUCCGAAGUGAUGGCCAUGCUGUGGCUUGCGGAUCAAAUGCCUUUGGAGUCGCAUUCCAGACUUCUUGGACGGGCAAUUCUAUGUCCAGGUUUUGGCAAUGAAGGGUCACACGGUGCUUCUACGAAACGAUGGCCGCGCUCUGGCUUUUGGAUCGACUUCCGCCGGACAAUGCAACCCGUCUUUGACGCCUGGAACUCAGUACAUCAGCGGUUUGAGGUCUCCUAAGAACGACCUGGUUGUGCAACUAGAUUUUGUUCAUGAAGAUGAUGCAGUGAGACUGAGAUGCUCAAAUUUGGGUGGCCAAGAAAUGCUCUGCUUGAACGCACAUGACUCAGACCCAGCCUGGGGAACUCACAAACGCAUUGCAUGUGAAUUGAACGUCGACCUCCAGGAUCUUCGAAUGGUUUUGCCUGAUGGGCAGCUGCUGACCUCCAAUCUGUCGGGCAACUCCUGGAGCGACAGUUGCGAAUGUGGCAAGCCAAACAACUCCAAGAGCCAAGCGUCAGUGUCUCACAUCGUCAUCGUCGGUGCCGAACCCGCAAAGUUCGGUGUGAAAGGGUGUUGGAAGGAACGGGGCAAUUCAUUCCUUUUUGAAAAAUGUGAAAUGGGACAGUCUUGGGAGAACUUCUUUUUGUUCUCCUAUCUAACCUUGGUAUCUCCAGCCCCAUAGUCUUGCUUUCUUU